CUUCUGCAUGUGUGUAGAUAAUUGAUUCUUUGUGCAAUGCCUAUUAUGGGAAUUUCACUAGGGUGGUGAUUGAUUGCAAAGUUUGAUGAUAAUAAUGCAGUUAUUGGUUGAUCAGAUAUUGAAGAUAGGUAGGGUUGUGCAUUAUUGAGACAAAGAAGAGGAAGAAUGUGGAAAGAAAAAAGUGGGUACUAAUUGUUAGGGGACAAGAUAGUAGCUUUGCUUUUGCUGCACAAGAAAAAUAGCUAGAGGGGAAUUUUUUUGCUUUUAAAAAGUUGGAAGUUGCUUAUUUAACUCAUCAUUAUCUUCAGUGUUGAUGAGCACAUUUGAGGGCUCAGAGUUCUCUGAUCAUUGCCAUGGUGGAUCUUGAUCAAGAGGGUAUUGUUCCACCCCCCAGUAAUAAUAACCUGUCUAUCAAAAAGAAGGAGCUUCUUUCCACUGCCAUGAAGAGGACCACUGAAUGGAUCUUUUCCCAGGAAAUCCCUAGCGACGUUACAAUUCAUGCUGGAGGGACAUCCUUUUCACUCCACAAGUUCCCUUUAGUGUCAAAGUGUGGGUACAUAAGGAAAUUGGUGUCUGAAUCGAGUGACGCUGAUCUUUCUAUAGUUGAAAUCCCUGAUAUUCCCGGGGGAGCAGAGGCGUUUGAGCUUGCUGCGAAAUUUUGUUAUGGGAUUAAUUUUGAGAUAAGCACAGAGAACAUUGCCAUGCUUAGAUGCACGGCGGAGUAUCUUGAGAUGACUGAGGACUACGCGGUUGGGAACUUGGUGGGGAGGACGGAGGCCUACUUAAACGAGGUUGCGCUCAACAGCCUUGCAGGGGCGGUUUCCAUUUUGCAUUCGUCGGAAAGUCUUCUGCCAAUGGCGGAGAAAGUGAAACUGGUGAGCCGAUGCAUUGAUCAAAUAGCGUAUAUAGCCUGCAAAGACAGCCAAUUCUGCACAUCUGUGGUGGUGGAGGGUGGGACUAAUGGUUUAAACUCCUCGACGCUUUCAAACACAAAGCCUAUAGUUGAUUGGUGGGCUGAGGACAUGGCUGUGCUUAGGAUUGAUUUUUUCCAAAGGGUUCUGAUUGCAAUGAUGGCGAGGGGAUUCAAGCAGUAUGGACUUGGACCGAUACUCAUGCUUUACGCCCAGAAAUCUCUUCGAGGUUUGGAAAUCUUUGGAAAGGGGAGGAAAAAAAUUGAACCGAGACAAGAACACGAGAAGAGGGUUGUUUUGGAAACCAUUGUUAGCCUUUUGCCAAGGGAGAAGAACACCCUAUCUGUUAGCUUCUUGUCAAUGCUCCUAAGAGCAGCAAUAUAUCUGGAAACGACUGUUGCUUGCAGGCUUGACUUGGAGAAGCGAUUGGGUUUGCAACUUGGGCAGGCUGUUUUAGACGAUUUAUUAAUCCCCUCGUAUUCUUUCACUGGGGACACAUUGUUCGACGUUGAAACUGUGCAGCGCAUUAUGAUGAACUACCUGGAGUAUCAACUGGAGGGGAAUCGAUCGGGCUUCAAUCCAGAUGAAGAAUAUGUAGCUCCCUCGCCUAGUGACAUGGAGCGCGUGGGGAGGCUAAUGGAGACUUAUCUCGCUGAAAUAGCUUCAGAUCGCAAUCUAUCUGUCUCGAAGUUCAUUAAUAUUGCUGAACUCAUCCCCGAGCAAUCAAGAAUCACAGAAGAUGGGAUGUACCGUUCCAUUGACAUUUACUUGAAGGCACACCCUGCUUUAAGUGAUAUGGAGAGAAAGAAAGUGUGCAGCGUUAUGGACUGUCAAAAGCUCUCUCGUGAAGCUUGUGCUCACGCUGCUCAGAAUGACCGUCUCCCAGUUCAGACCGUUGUUCAAGUGCUUUAUUACGAACAGCAACGCCUCCGAGAGGUCAUGAAUGGCAGUGUCGUUAGUGGUGAAUCUCCCGCUCUUCCCUCCAAAGUGACGACUCAGUUCUCCACUGACAUCCAGCCCGUUCCAGACGAGCUCUCGAGUCUGCGAAGAGAAAAUCAGGACCUGAAACUGGAGCUCGUGAAAAUGAAAAUGAGGUUGAGAGAAAUCGAGAGGUCUUCAGAAAAAUCAGAUAAAUCAGCUACCAGCAGUCCCUUAGGCAUCACUCUCACGUCUGCUGACAAACCUCCUCUUCCCCGAAGAUCAUUCAUGAGCUCCGUGUCCAAAAAGCUUGGCAGACUUUAUCCAUUUACUCGCGCUGAUGGGCUCAUACCUGGCAAAGGCAGAAACAAACCAAGUAAAAAUCGGCGCCACUCCAUUUCAUAAGCAGUUCUUUUUUCUUAGCGAUGCAUACUGGGAUCGAGGUUACUGCUUUUAUUUUGAUGCUUAGGAAAGAGGACUCUCUGCCAGACAACCUAUGUUGCUGUUCUUCAUGCUUGUUUGUCCUCUUUUCCUGUGUGAUAAAACUGUAAAUUAUAUUGUCUCUGUGCAUUGAUUGAUGAAUACAAUUCAACCAGUAGUAGCUGAUGUUAAGUUUCUCUGUAUAUCCCUACCCAAAGACUUGUAAUAUUAGAGAUGGCAUAUUACUAAGACCAAAAAGAUAAAGAAACAAUCUUUUUUUGAA